AUGUCUACUUUCACAAGCCCCAGUCAACCCAAAAAGACAAUCUCGCUGAGUCUAAAAAUCAGCGAGGAAGACCGCAACCGUCUCCUCACUCAGAGUGCAGAGCCACUCCGUCCGUUCUUCCGCAAGCUUUUCGCACAAUCAGAAUCAAUCGGCCAAGUCAAACCCGAGGCAGAAAUUCCAGAACCACUCAAUAUUUCCCGCGACAUCCGCCUCUUGGGCGUUGUCAGACACAAUUGGGAAUCCCCCGAUGAUCUCGACUCGAACGAGGAGGAGGAAUGGGAAUGCCGUCACAAGCGAUGGCUUGGAAGUCUCGCCAAUGCGCUCAUGGUAGUGAUGACUCAUCACUCAAACUCCCUACAUGACUCCCAAGACAGUGGCGACAGCUCCGGUACAGAUUCCGAGGACGAGGGCGAGCAGUGGAGGGAAAUGGGAGAGAAAAUCCACGAGCGGCUGACGACACAACCCAAGCGAUCUUAUCCCUGGAUCGACUAUCUGGGUUACGAUGCGCAGAAGCGGACUUUCACGGGCUCUGACUUCCAUAAGCCUGGUGAUCUCGCUGCUGUGGCGUAUGCACUCGCAAAAGUGAUGCGAAACGGCAAGGAGCGGGAGGAGAAGCAACGCAAAAGGGUGAAGAGUUUGAUGGGGACUUUGGGAGAUAUUAUAGAAAUGUGCGAGACAAUGGAGGCUUGGUUGUUAACCAGUCUCGAGCUGUUCUUGGCGGGGGCGCAAAUUCUUCGGUUGGCAGAGAACCCGACGAGACAUAUUAGGCAGCUCGUGGUUCAGUUUCUGAGAAACUAUGUAGCGACGGUGCUGUUGGUGGAGUCGGUUAUUAACGGAGAUAGAAAGGCAAAGACGGAGGACGUAGGUAAUAAUACUGUCUAA